AUGAUUGCUCUUCUGUUUUUUGGACAUACCGAAGCUACAAAAGGAAUUCCACCUGACAUCUGGAACUCCAUGGAGUACUACGGGGAGUUCCUGAGCAGAAGAAGGGAAGUGGCGGCAGCUUUAUUUCUUGCAGGGCUCCUUGUGAACUUUCUGGGAAUCCGUAUAAAGAGGUGUUCGCUGUCCAUAAUAGCCUUUCCGGCACUAAGGCUAAGCGUUGGAAGCAUCAUGGAGGUUGUCAACGGGAUAGUUGCAGACAGGUACGGGAGCAUCGAGAAGGCGCCCAAGAUCGUCAAGAAUGUGGUUGGGAUCCUGGAUAAAAUGGACAAAAACAGAUUUUUCAUGGCAUUUCUAUCUGUUGCACUUGGGCUUGUGAUGUUUUUCUUUGUGAAGACCAUUAUAUACAUCAUGAUGGGGUAUCUUGCAUUCCAUCUCUGGGGGGUGCUGGAGUCGUCUGCAGAGGGGACGAUGGAGGGGGGCUCCUACUACGUCUACCAGACGAUAAUGCUGUGCAUCGGGAUCCUUGUCCUGGUCCUUGUCAAGCCCAUUACCUUCUUGAUCUACAUCCUUGUUUUCUCUGUUUUCGGGUCUCUUUUCAUCAUAGUCGGGGCCAACUACGGAUUCAGCCUAAACCUCAGACUCGAAGAAUAUGUUGGCAUGCUCAGGAGGGGGGGCUUUUACCAGGGCCUGGCCGAAAACAAGAUCUCCAUCGGGUACAUAUCCCUCAUCACGAUGGGAAUUGUUUCCCAGCUGCUUCUCAGGAAAAAGAGUGUGCAACAACAAAAAAGUUAG